AUGAUGAUGGUGAGAAGUCUGUUAAAUUUUGUUAAAAAAAAAGGUAAACUGGAUAAAAAUCACAAAGUAUAUACGGACAAGCAGCUCGAAAAUUUGUUGGAAACAGCACUAACACACACGGAUUUGAACAACGACGGAUAUAUAGACUAUUUAGAAUACAGAAUCAGUAAUUAUAAGGCACAAGCAAAGAACGUUGGUGGACAACCCAGAUAA